AUGGCGAAACUCACCGAACUUUCCGUAUCUGCCACUGUUGAUACCAGCCGACGCCCAGCCGAUGGCUCCUCGGGCGCGGAAGGGAAGGUUGAGGCCGAAGCCGGCGGUGUUAGCUCUGGUUUCAGGUCCACGGAUCAACACCAGAUGCAGAUCGUCAAAGCUGUGCAAAAUCUAAUCAGGCGGGACCUAGGCUCGUUGGAGGCCGACGACUACGUCAUAAACGGAACCGUCCAGCUCGAAAACCACGAAAGGGGCAUGAUCCUAAUGGAGGAUCCGACGAGAACAGGCGGCGACCGGUUCGACUACCGUCCCGCCCGGAUCAAGCUCGACACGGGCUCGCGGGCAGACUUUGUCACCCGCGAGUAUCUUGCCCGGAUAGGCUUCGACUUCGGCAGCCUGAUAGAAAUACCCGAGGUCCAGCAGGAGGACAUCGAAGGCCUCGACAAGGCCAUCUACAAGCCGACACACCGGGUGAACCUGCCUUGGUACAGACAAGGCGAGGCGCAGUCGAACCUCACACGCUUUCUUGUCGUAGACAGCGGCCCCUUCGAUCUCCUCUUGUCUUCUCGGCGCUUUGCUGAGGAAGCAGAGCGGCGGCUGUUCUCCCUUCCGUUGGUAGGGCGACCACGAAAGACAAAAGAACAAAUAGACAAGGAGAUCACAGAGGCGAAAAGGAAGCUAAACGAGGCCAAGGAAUUGGAAGCAAAGAAUUUGCGCGCAGCAAUCGCGAUGAGGAACCAGGAAGUCGGGCUUGCGUUCACGGUUCAGACCCCUCGACGACAGCCGCAAACGCCCAAGCUGCCGGUUCAGGCGGACAACGUCCACGGCGAGGGUUCUUCUGGUGGCGAAGUUAGCCAAAAACGCUGGCGGCACUGGUCUGGGCCACACCGCUGCCGCGAGCUGAGUCCUUCGUCCAAACAUGGCCCGGCAUUUCACAAGACCUGCAGCACCAUCGCAACCGACCCCGACAUCGACGCCUCGAUCCUCUCACCAUCUCGCAACAGCUUGCUCACACACCCCCUCGCCCCCACCGGACAACCCUACGACAAACUCGUCCGCGCGGCGCACGAGACGUAUCUACCCAGCGUGUUCGAGAUCCCCGGCGGCAAGGUCGACGAGAGCGACCCUAGCGUCGCGGCCGCGGUGGUGCGCGAGGAGCGCGAGGAGACGGGGCUGCGGCCGAUGUGUUACACGACGACGUCUAAGGCGGUGGCUGGCGGGGGUGCGGGAGCCGUGUCGAAGCGGGCGAUCCAGCUGAACUAUGUUGUUGCGGUUGAGUGGGUGGGGGACGGCGAGGUGGUUGUGAGUGAGGAUGAGCAUGCUGGGUCUGUCUGGGCUGCGGAGGAUGAGGUGCAGGGGCUGGAUAUGACGGAUGAGGUGCGGGGGCUGGAUACGACGGAUGAGGUGCAGGGGCUGGAUAUGACGGGUGAGAUGAGGGAGGUUGUACGAGAGGCUUUUGAAGUGGUUGGGCGUGUUUCUGGUGAUGGGACUGGGGUUCUGAUGUAGUUCAAUCCUUGAAUCUCGACCAGCGGGUGGCCUUUCAAGAUCUGAAAGGUCACUGAUAUCAUGUCAGGGGCUUGAUAUUCUGUCACGAGCGACAAUCAAAAUAGGAGAGCAUGCAAUCUAGAUA